AUGCUUCCUUUCAAAAAAGGAGCAUUCAACAUUGCAGUUCAGGGUGGUUUCCCGAUAGUACCCAUUGUUUUAUCCAGUUAUCGACCGUUCUACUCGAAAACCGAUCACUACUUCAAGACCGACGGCGAAGUGAUCGCAAAAGUCCUCAGUCCGAUAAGCACCGAUGGGGUAUGA